UAUCGAAAAAUUACCGUUUAAUGCUGUAUGGUUUUUUUAAAGGGAAAGCGGCGGCGAAGGUAUUGAGGAUACCGAAGGUCGUAAGGAAGCACAACGAGAGUUGACUCUAGACGAAUGGAAGGCAUUGCAGGGACCUCGAAGUAAGCCGAAUUUCAACAUUCGUAAGCCCGGAGAAGGAGAGUCGAACGCCGAGUGGAAAAAACUUGUGCCGUUGAAGCGCGAUACACAGGACGACGAUGAACAAUCAGAAGAACUUGAAGAUGAAGAGGAAAUGGAAGACGAGGAUCGACAUCGCAAGAAGCCCGUAGUUUCGAUCGAAAUCAAGUUCAUUGAUGAGCCGACUAGAGUUGCCCGUGGCGGACGUGGUGGUAGGCCAAGCAGCAGAGCUGGGCGUGGUGGCCGAGGCGAAAUGGGUGGACGUCGCAACUUCAGUCGUGGAGGCGGUGCUGGCGGAGCUGGUGGAUUUUCAGGAGGUUCAUCAAUGACCGGUUCUGGUGGCAGCAGGCGUGAUGCUCCAUAUAAGAUGGAUGAUGAAAGCUUUCCACAGCUUACGCCAACUGUUGCAUGA